UGUUCAGUGUGCCUGUACAGUGACAUAUGCAAGGCCCAAAUCCUUAUCAUUAACUAAAACUAUCUUAUCUUUUAAACAUAAUUUAGUGUUAUUAGGUUUCAGAAGUCUGCUGACUUCAGUGGCAAUAUGCUACCAAUUUUAAGGACAAUUUUGAUUACUCUGAGUUUAAAUACUUGGAUUUUUUGUCAGACAAAGUUCUGCCAACCUUUAGAGGCAUGUUGGCCUAACCAGGAGAUCAUAGAGGAAUUUGUAUCAUCUCUAUCAGAAACUGAAGGCUGUCAUGACUUGCCAACAUUUUCAUCAUAUGAUCAGCAAGGGGAGCCAAUGAAAAAUAUCUGGUAUCCAGAACUAGAAGAAGAAAUCACGCCAUACAAUCUCUUAACUACCAGAAAUAGUAUUUCUGGAAACAAGGCAUACUUUGUAGUUUUAGCUAGAACAGAAGCAGAUGUUAUCAGUUCCAUAAAAUUUGCAAAAUCCCAUUCCAUAGCUCUUUCUGUGUUCAGCACAGGCCAUGAAUUUAAUGACAGAAAUGGUGGACUUGCAACAAAUUCUAUUCUUAUCAGAACAACAUGCCUUAGAACUGCUGAUAUAAACCUAGAACCUUCAACUGUUUUUAAUCAUACUGAAGGUGUUAUUCGUCUGGGAUCUGGAAUGACCUGGAGUUGGAGUAAGUUUGGAGAUGUUGGAGUUCACCAACUAGCUAAUCAGGUAGGAAGAGUUGUUGUAAGUGGGCAUGCAGGAAAUGUUGGUAUUGUAGGCUGGAGUUUGGGAGGUGGUCAUGGUCAGCUUGUUGGAACUUACGGAAUGGGGGUUGAUCAGGUUCUAGAAGUCGAAAUGAUUAUUGCAAAUGGAACAAAGGUUAUUGCAAAUUCAAUGGGCACCACUCAGGUGCUACAAGAUGGCACACAACUCCAAUCAGAGGAUUCAAGCUUGUUUUGGGCCCUGCGAGGAGGAGGUGCAGGCCCAUGGGGAGUGAUCACAGCAAUGAAAAUCAAAUUACAUAAACCUAGAAAUGAUUGCAAGGAAAAUUGCUUCACCCAAUGGCAUGCCUCUUGGGUUGGUAGCUAUGCUGAAGAUGGACCUGAAUUACUGCAAGAGCUAAUCCAUAAUUAUCUUAAAUGGAGUGGAACAUCAAGCAAAUAUUGGAGUUCUUAUGCUUCACCAUAUUCUGUUGAUGAUGAUCAUUUUGGAUUUGCAAUAUUUGAAGCUUUGUUUGUUGGUACUGAGAAGGAUAAUGAUUUUCUUAGUUUCUUUGAAACAUUUUCAUCUGUUCGUCCAGACAAAAUGGUUGAUAUUGGAAGCGAAACAUAUGACACAUUCCUCAAAAAAAUUGAAGAUCAAACGCCAGAAACUGUAAUGCCAAAAUGGGAGGUAGAACCUAUGACAUCAGUUCUUAUGAACUCUUCAUCAGUUGCAAAUACAGCUGCAGCAGAAAUGCUGGCAUAUAACUGGAUCCCAAGAUGCUAUCUUCAAUGGACUCCAUGCAUUGGAGGAAUAUUGUUUAUGCACACAGUUUCAACUGGAGAAGAGGAUGACUAUUACACAGGGACAGCUGUUUCCCCAAUGUUUCGUCAAGCAAAAAUGCAUGUUUCAGCUUUGAGCUACAUUUCCCUAACACAUGAAAUGUCAUUUGAGGAAAAAGUAAAAUUUGCUCAUGAAGAAAUAGGCCCUGAGUUUUACAAAUUUGGCUCUGGCAGUUAUUAUAGUGAAUCUGAAUACUCCUUAGGAAAAGGAGAAUGGCAGACUAGAUUUUGGACCCAAGAUAUCUAUGAUAGACUUCUGGCCAUAAAGAGAGAGUGGGACCCUGAUUUCUUGUUUGGAUGUAAACACUGUGUAGGGGACGAGGAAGAACCUUAGUUUGUUUCUACAUUUUUACAAUAAACAUAUUCCCUUUUUUGA